AAUAUUUAAAAUAUUCAUUAUGCUUUUGAGUUCUAUAUUAAAAUUGGGAAAUUUGAAGCGAUUUCUUAAACAGCCUUUGGUGUUAACACAUACUAAAAUAUGUCCAACAAAAUCUACUACCAACCCAGUUUGUCCGGGUACUUCAAGCAACAAUACUUCAAACUAUCCGACAUUGGGAUUAAAACGAGCACUAAGACCUGGUAAAGUACGAAUGGGAUUCAUACCAGAUGAAUGGUUCCUGUUUUUCCACUCGAAAACCGGUGUAACUGGACCGUAUGUGUUUGGAUUAGUUUUCACAAAUUAUUUACUUAGCAAAGAAAUUUAUGUUAUGGAGCAUGAGUAUUACGUCGGUUUAUCUAUAUUCCCUAUGCUGUACUAUGUCUCAACGAGAUUUGGUCCAGACAUUGGCCGUUAUCUCGACAAGAGUAUUGACGAAUAUGUCGAAACGCUAGAAAAGAUGAGAAAAGACGAAGCAUGUGUCUAUGAAAAUGCCAUCAAAGACGCGAAAGAUGCUCAAUGGCGAGCAGAAGGACAAAAAUUGCUGAUGGAUGCUAAAAAAGAAAAUAUCAAAAUGCAAUUAGAAGCCAUAUACCGGGAAAGAUUUAUGCAAGUUUACCGUGCCGUUAAGGGUCGCCUAGACUAUCAAAUUAAGCUUCAACUUUCAAUGAAUAGAAUACAUCAAAAAUGGAUGAUAAAUUGGAUACUUCAAAAUGUUAAGAAAUCUAUAACUCCUGAUUUCCAACAAACAGUUUUGCAAAGGGCUAUACAAGAUAUAGCUGCUCUUAGCAGCAAAUCAUAAUAUGCGAUCAACAAUAGCAUUUUUAUUUUAAAGAUUGAUAUUGAGAGUUUACGUUUUUUUCAUUAUCUUACACUUUGCUGUUUGUUAUCUGAAUAUAUAAUUAUUU